AUGGCAUCCAACCCCCCAACCCCCGAAUCACACCAAAAACAAGAAGCCCUCGCCGCCUUCACCGCAACCCUACACUCCGUCGGGACAAACCUAGAAGCGCCGCUCCGCGACCGCGCCGCAACGAUCACAGCCAACGAGGCCGCGCUGCAGCGACAGGAGGCCGAGUUGGCGGAGCACACGGCGCGGUUGGCGAGGCAGAAUGCGCAGUGGGCGGGGUGGGCGGAUGAGACGAGGGAGGGGUUGAAGGAGAUUGGGGAUGUGCAGAAUUGGGCGGAGAUGAUCGAGAGGGAUUUGUUGGUUUUGGAGGAGAUGAUGGAUGGGGUGGAGAAGGGGGAAGUAGAAGAGGGUGAGGGUGAGGGAGAGGGUGAUGAGGAUAGACAUGGAGAUAGACAUGAAGAAGGGCACGAAGCUGGAGAUGGAGAGAGGAAUAGGAAUGGGAAUGGGAAUGGGGAUGUACCGGUUAAUGGGAAUGGAAAUGGAAAAGGAAAGGCGAAGAAGGUCAAUGGCAGUGAGUCCAAGGGUUGGUUGCGCUGGUGGUGA